UCAGAGACGUUUCAGACAUGUGGCUCUGACAUCCAAUAGCCUGACCAGGACUUUAGUCAGCCCCUUUCCUCGCAGGAGAUCCCUCUGCUGAAGAGCAUCGUAGACAGGGUUAGAUCCGCGGCUGCAAGAGCAUCACCACACACAGUUAGGGACCGAGACCUCCUCCUCUCCACUCUCCUGCAGAUCCUAAUCCCAGAUAGAACCGCCGUGUAGCGACCAUGUCUGUAGCGGGGCUGAAGAAGCAAUUCCACAAAGCCACUCAGAAAGUGAGUGAGAAAGUCGGAGGAGCAGAAGGAACGAAGCUCGAUGAGGACUUCACUGAGAUGGAAAAGAGGGUGGACAUCACGGCUCGGGCAGUGCUGGACAUCAUGACCAAGACCACUGAGUAUCUGCAGCCAAACCCAGCCACCAGAGCCAAGAUGAGCAUGAUGAACUCCAUGUCACGUAUCCGGGGCCAGGAGAAGGGACCGGGCUACACACAGACCGAGGCCAUCCUGGGAGAGUCCAUGCAGAGGUUUGGCAGGGAGCUCGGAGAGGAGUCCAACUUUGGCCUUGCUCUGAUUGAUGCUGGUGAAGCCAUGCGUGAGUUAGCAGAGGUGAAGGAUGCUCUGGACAUGGAGGUCAAGCAGAACUUCAUUGAUCCACUGCAGAACCUCCAUGAAAAAGACCUCAGGGAGAUUCAGCAUCACCUGAAGAAAAUGGAGGGUCGUCGUCUGGACUUUGAUUAUAAGAAGAAACGUCAGGGCAAAGUGACAGACGACGAGAUCAAACAAGCACUUGAGAAGUUUGACGACUCCAAGGAGAUCGCUGAGCAGAGCAUGUUCAACCUGCUGGAGAGUGAUAUUGAACAGGUGAGCCAGCUCUCUGCGUUGGUCCACGCUCAGGUGGAGUACCACAGCCGGGCUGCUGAGAUCCUCACACAGCUCUCCAGUAAGAUCGAUGAACGGAUAAGGGACACUGCUAACAAACCAAGGAAAGACUUUGUUCCUAAACCACGUACAUCUCUGGACUUCUCUAUCAGUGAGAACCACAAUGGAGGGAUCCACAGUGCUCGUUCUCCAGGGGCGAGGUCUCCAGCAAGGUCUCCAGCAAGAUCUCCAGCCAGGUCUCCAGCACCCAUGGACCAGCCCUGCUGUCGUGCACUGUACGAUUUCGACCCUGAGAACGAAGGUGAGCUAGGCUUCAAGGAAGGCGACAUCAUCACCCUGACCAAUAAGAUCGAUGAAAACUGGUAUGAGGGGAUGCUGCACGGCAACUCCGGCUUCUUCCCCAUCAAUUACGUGGAUAUCCUGGUGCCGCUUCCCCACUAGGACAUCACGACUACCAGCUGUGUCUGCAACAGUGGCAAAACAAAUCCUGGCCUCCAGUUUUUCCCCACCGGUAUUCCCAGUAACCUUUUCCUUAACAUUCCUACUAACCACCUGCGCUCCGCUUUUAAGGAGUCAAAACGGCAACAACACAAUAACAAAGAAAGAUGUGAAUUAGAUUGGAAAUGAUUUAAAGCAAGUGCGAUGAGGAAAAAUUAGCAUUGAUGUCGUUGCUUCCCCUUAUCCCAGGAGGUACCUUCAGGCUUCCACAGUCAUUUUAUCCAUUUUCUGUCCCGGCUUUUGUCUCGGUUUCAGUUGGCUGUCAGUCCGUCAUGAGUUUAUCAGAACAGCUUUGCAAAUUCACAUUUUCUCUCAUUCACUGUAUUAUGUGGAAACAGUAGAUAGAAGCUUUUCUCUCACAUACUAGGAAAAAAAAAAUUGGUCCACGUGCUUCAUGUUUGUUAGAGACUCUAGGUCAAGCAUGGUUUCAAGUGUUAAACGUUUUAUCUUAUAGAAAAAAAUAUGUUGAGCUGAUUUUGUUUUGAAAUAUUCCUCUGUUUUUAACGGUAGUCGUCUCUUGGCAUGCCUGGGCCGUUUCCACGUCCCUGUCAUGCUCUAAAACUUCUGUCCAAAGGAUGUCCUCACAUUUUAACUCUUCAGACUUUUAGACAGAUCCAUCUAGUCGAUAACUUACGACCAAGACUACUCAUUGUAUUUUUAUGUUUUUUUACAUAUAUCAACAUGUGUGCAUGAUUGGUCAUAUGUGAUUUAGAUACCAAAGUUCCUGACAAAAACCUGAGUCAACACUGACAGCAAGGUGUCAGUAAACCUGUCAGGGUGAAGCCUGUAAUCUCUAGUUCUUUGGUAUUUUAAUCAGAGGGGGGAGGGGGGUGGAACUGUAUUCUUAAGUAUGUGACAUUACAUAUCUGAGCCAGUGAUUAGUGAAGUGAUGACAUGAUUUGCAAAAACACAAGUUGUAAAGUUUAAACUGUCUGAAGUGAUGUAAGAAAACUAUGGUGCAUAAGUUUCAAUCCUCCAACGUGUAUUUUAUCAGCAACUUGUGUGAAAAAUGGUCGAUGUAUUGUGAUUAUAAUAACUUAUAGGAUUUAACUGCUCACUGGAGCAGGUGUUUCUCUCUGGUGGAGCUGAAGGUGUAGCUCUUUCUGCUGCAUCCCUAUUAGUCCGAUUAGUAUUCUGUAGCUGUAACUGUCAGCCAUUGAUUAAGAAAAAAAUAGACGUAGCCAACAACAAUACUCUUUGAAAUACUUUCUAACAAGGACAAAGGAGUGCACAAACGGCUGAGUGGAAUGAGAAAUCAUUUCUUUUUGUCUCAGUGGGAAUGUUUUAUUCAUUGAAAUGAUGCAACCUACACUAAAUGCCCCUAUCUCUUCACAAUAAUACAGACAAACAGCUGCUGGGUUUCCCUCUCCAUGUCAUGUCAGACCUCAGAAAAAGUGUUAGAUAUUCUACAUGAUGUUUAAUUUUUCCCUGACCAGCUAUUUGCAUAUAUGCAGUAUUGUGUGGGAUUUGUUUCCCUUCUUUAACUGAUGUACUGAUAAUCUGAAAAUCAGACCAGCACUCAGUUUUUACAUGUUUCAGUGAGGUGCUGCAGUGCACUCGUUUCUCCUGAGGUUUUAUUCUCUGCAAUGUUGACGAUGUAUUAACCCUUCUACAAAAAUAACCUGUGCAGCAGUUAACACUGUUUUUUCACCCAUCUCGUAGUAAUGUUGUGCGUGUAUUUUAGGGGGAGGGAUGCGUAUUUGGGUUUGCAUACUGUACAUGUAAUGCACAGGGAUGGGGCUGCAGAGGACCUCUGAUGCUGAGGUAUUUAUGAUAUACUGUCUCUGACAGUGUUCAACAUUAAAACAAACAUGGAUGUCUCUUUAAUCAAAGGACCAAUUCAUUAUUCAGUAGAAUUACAAUAAUGAUGCAAAAUCAACCGAUGACCCAUAUUAACUGUUGGUUUUAGUUUUUUUUUUUUAAGGGAAGCACAACUUUGGCAGGCAGUUUACUUUGUUGGCUGGGUAAGAAUAACGGUACAGUUUGAAGAGGUCAUGCAUUUAUUUUUUUUUAAAGGUGAUCCAGUUCCUUCCCUCUUUUUCUCUUUCACUGUUUUUUAACAAUCGUGUGUAUCUUUGCCCUCAAUGAGGACUGUACAGCUUUUCUGUGUUUUGUUUUCACCUUGUGUGUAUAGUCGCGCAUCUACAGUAACGUAUCUUAUUUUUGUAACUGUGACAAAAGUAUACACAUACAGUAUAGAUGUAUAUAUACAGUAUAUUAUCCAGAAGCAAUGUGAAAAGGAGGGAUUCUCUGUGCUGCACAUGAUUGUCUUUGGAUUGUUUUGUUUUCUGUUUUUUUGUUUUAUUUUAUUCUUGCACUGGGUUCUAAGACUGUAUGCUCAAUGUAAAGAAAAACAAAUGUGAUAAGUCAAUGUAAUUUAUUCAAAUAAAGAUGGAGAAAUGGUUA